AAGUUGGACGGAAAGUUUUCCUCAGAGCCAACCAAUCAGAGCGCAGCACACACACACACACACACACACACACACACACACACACACAGGGAGGGCGAGGCAGAGUCUCCGGAGUUUUUCUGCUGCAGCACAGUUUGUAGAGUUUCAGUGUUCUUGUUCGACGGUGCCGUCAUGGUGACCACUGAGACCCACCAGAGCCAGGACCUGCUGGUUCCCACCAAGAACCAGGACCAGCAGGACCAGCAGGACCAGCAGGACGAGGACCAGGCCUCGCCCUCCUCCCCCCUAGCCGGAUUCGACCCGGAGAAGAUGAGCCAGGGUCCCGUCAACGCCAUCACGGUCCUCACUCUGCUGGACAAGCUGGUCAACAUGCUGGACGCCGUGCAGGAGAACCAGCACAAGAUGGAGGUGAGAGAGGGGCGUGGCCACACCUGGACGCAGGUUAAUCCUGUUUACUCCCAGAGAGGUUCUACGUUCUGCCGCCUGGAGCUCGUCUUAGAAGCAGACGUUGACUCAGUGCGCGAUAGGAUGGAGCGUCAGGGCGUCCAGGUGAAGAAGCUGGAGGCGAACCACGCCCACCUGAUCAGCAGGAACAACUUCAAAGUGCUCAUCUUCCAGGUGAGUGGAGCAGCACAGAGGGAAGUGUUUGUGAAGGAUCCUCCUCCGUUCCCUCGUGACGAGAUUUUGGAGGAAGGUGAGGGAACCGUCGAGGGCAACAGCUCCCAGGAGGGGGGGCUGCAGACCAUCGACCUAUCAUCCGAUGAGGAUGUCGGGCUGGAGGCGGAGCUUGAGGAGGAGGAGGUGUGGCCUCACGAUCUGGAGAACAUGGAGAAGUCCAGAGCCGAGAAACUGAAACGAUCCAGCCUGAAGAAGGUCGACAGUCUGAAGAAGGCCUUCUCCAGGCAGAACAUCGAGAAAAAGAUGACCAAGAUUGGAACAAAAAUCGUGUCGGCGGAACAACGAGAGAAGAUCAAACAGAAAACCUCCAGCCUGAAGGUUUCCCCCCUGAGCUUCAGCAUCAGGAAGCCUCGCAGCAGCUCUGACUCUCAGCCUCCAGAGGGCGCCGCUCUGACCGAGGAGCUUCUCACCACCGAGGCCGACGUCCAGCUCUCCCCGCUGGGCAGCGCCGACCAGGACGUCCCCUUCACGGAGGUCCACGCCCAGCUGGCCCCGGCCGAGCACGAGGAGGAGGAGCUGAGAGAGGAGGAGGAGGAGGAAGUCAAGGAGGAGGAGGAGGUGAAGCAGGAGCUGAAGGAAGAGGUGGAGGAGGUGGAGGAGGUGGAGGAGGUGCCGGUGGUGCUGGAGGCCGAUGUGUCGGUGGCUUCAGAGGGAGUUCCUGAGCAGUACGCUCUGUCCUCCACCCUCCCUCAGGAGGAGAAGGAGGACGAGUCCUAAACACUGACAGCAAACCUGAGCAUCCACCUUAAAGGAACAGUGAAACAUUCAGGUGGAUCCUGUAGGUUCCUCAAACUUCUCCUCAGGUUCCACCAGCAGGCCCAUUUAAAUUCUCCUGCAGUUCCUCCAGUGUUUUGUUUCGUCUUUAAGUGGAACGUUCCUUUAAAGUGUGGAGCUCAGGUUUGUUUGAAGAUGUUCCUGUUUUACUGAUGAAUCUUCACACGCUGUUCAGAUAUCCGACUGUUGUAUUUAACGUCUUCUGUGUGUCUCUGAGAACCUCGUAUCUCCAGAACAGCAACAUGAGAGUCAUGUCAUGUUUCUGCACAUUCUGAGGUGAAAGUUUGAAUGACGUUGGAGAACUCUGCUGCUGAGUUCUCCCACUGAUCUGAGACCUGGAGAUAAAGUAUGGAGAUACAGGGUUCCUAGAGGACACUUAGAGUAUAUCUUUAUGUUGAACGUUCUUCACCUUUGUGUGAAACGUUCCUCUCAGUUUUAUUAUCAUUGAUUUAUGAACAAGCACCUGACUGAUGUAAACGUUCUGAUCAGGAACCAUAAAGCAACAUAAAACAUUCGAACCAGAGGAACCCAACAACGUAUUGAGAACCCAGAGACCACUGAGGUGAACGUGGUGCUGAACAGAUGUUCUCCUGUGGUUUCCAUAAAUGCUCCCUUGGACUGCUAAGGUCCUGCAAACACUCCUCCAAUGAUCCUCCAGGUUCUUCAGACUUUAUAUGAAGGUCAUUCCAGGUUCCACUAAGGUUCAGAGGGUCAUAACGUCUUUAUAACCUUCAAGUCCAAAAUUCCCAUAAGGUUCCUCAGAGGUUACCCUGGGGUUCCAUUAAGUUGCUACGAACAUUCCUCCAGGGUUCCACUAAGAUUCCCAUUUAUAACAUUGUCUAAACAUUCCUCCAGUGUUCACCUAAAACUAAUCUUGUGUCCCCAUGAGGUUCUCCGUAGGUUCCUCUCACAUCAACUACUUCUUCUGGUCCCUCUAAUUUUCUCCCUUUAUGUUCCAUGAAGAUCUCUGUAUGCCUGUAACAAGGUUCCUCUAAGAGCUCUAUAAUUUUUUGACUGAUGUCCCUCUAAGGUUCAACUCAGGAUGCCUGAAGAUCUGUCUUAGGUUCUCCUUAGUUCCUCCAAACUUUCUCUACAGUUGCAACAAGCUUCCCCAAAAGUUCUUCUAUGGAUCGCUGAAGAAUCUUCCAGCUUUCUGUUAGGGUUCCUCCAAACGUUGCACUGAAUACGGUUUGCCCAAGGUUUUCUAAAGGUUCUUCUAACGUUCCACAGAGAUUUCUCAGGGUCCUUCCAAAGAUAACCAUAGCAUUCCCUGAGGUUCCUCAGCAUUCCACUGCAGUUCCCAUAAUUUUAUCAUGAUGUUCUUCUGAUGUUCUCCUUCCCCAGCGUUGUUCUAAUGCUCUCCCUACGUUCUCCUAAAACCUCCCAGUGUUCUCUUAUUGGUCCCUUAAUGCUUAAUCCUAGUAUUUCUCAAAGUGUUCCCCUGACGUUCCGCUACUAUUUACCUGAUGUUGUUUUAAUGCUCCACCUACGUUCUGUCAGCAUUGUUCUAACGUUCUCCUGAGCGUUCCAUCUGCUUUGCUCGUUCACAUGUUGUUUGCUGGAGUGUUGUCUGAUGUUCUGAGUCAUUUUCUCUGAUCAAUAAAUGAUAGAGACUCAAUGAUAAUGAUUUUCAAUCAAUCGAUUGAUCGACCGUUUCAGUCUCUGGGUGUGGAUGUGUGGAAGCUGAUUGGUUCUGCUGAUCAAUAACCAGCCCGAUGUUUGUUUAUAGAAGUAUUAACACCAGGUGUGACGAUGAAACUGAUCACCUGAUCAAACUGAUCGAUUAUUGAACUGUUGCUUGUUUUCUUUCUUCUUCUCACACAAACAGAAGCUUUGUGCUGCCAAAGAGCGUUUUGUGUUUGAUUCCUGUCACCUGUCGAUCGGCCCGAUUGAUCCGACUCACCUGAACUCUGUGUAAUCAAUAAACUCAGUGACACCA